AUGACUAAAGGCAUGAAAUUGUGUCAUUUAAAUGUUCGGUCACUUAUGGACCAUUUUGAUGAUUUCCGAGCGUUGAUAAAUGAUUUUGAGGUGGUGGGCGUUUCUGAAACAUGGCUGGAGGAAGUGGUAGAUACGAGGUUCAUUUCUAUUGGUGGUUUCACUUUUUACAGAUCGGAUCGCAGACGUGGACGAAGAGGUGGAGGUGUGGGGAUUUACGUAUCGGAUAAAUUCAGAUCUGUAUCAUUCAUUUUGAGUAGUGUCAACGACCAUUGCGAGCAAAUAUGGAUUAGGGUGAAGAUGAACAAUACCUCCUUCGCAAUCGGCUGCGUCUAUCGCCCCCCUAAGGGUAGUUUACCUUCUUUUAUUGAAGCUCUCGACGAUUCCUUAUCCUCAAUCGUUCCCACUGUUGAUGAGCUGAUUUUGCUUGGAGAUGUGAACAUCGACUUGCUUACGACCGGGACUUUGAUAAAUUCCAUGGAUGCUUAUGGUUUCAAGCAAUUGAUAGAUGAACCUACAAGAAUAUCUAGAGACUCUAUGACAUUGUUGGAUCCAAUUUUCGUUACCAGCCUAGGAUGCGUUUCGAAUUCCGGUGUCGUGAAUGCGGAUGUUGUGUCUGAUCACAAAAUGGUUUUCUGUGAGCUGAGCUUUGAGUCGUCAGUGACGAGGCCAAGAAUGCACUAUUACAGAGACUUCAAAUUUUUCGAUAUAAACUUAUUUCAGAGCGACUUGCUGAGGGAACCUUUUAACAAUAUUUUUACUAUGGAUGAUAUCGAUGAGAAGGUGAAGUUUUUCUCCAGUCUGGUUCUGGGGGUGUUCGAGAAGCAUGCUCCUUUAAGGGCUGCUCGUAUGACAAGGAAACAUGCCCCAUGGUUGACUUUUCCUAUUAAAAUGAUGAUGAAGGAAAGAGAUUCAGCGCUAGCGAAAUUCAAAAUAACUAAAGCACCCGAUGAUUGGGAUCGUUAUAAGAGAUUGCGUAAUUUUACUUUGUCGUCCUUGAGACGGGAGAAGAGGGCAUAUUAUGAUGGUAUUUUCCAGGCGGGAGAUUCUAGGUUAUCGUGGAAGAAUCUGAGGGGGAUCAAUCCUGCGAGGAGUAAUAUUCGCUUGCCACUCAGCCUGCAGCAGCCAGAACUGGCCAACAAUUAUUUCAGUUCCGUUUUUGUCGAUGGGCCUGCUGAUGAUGAUCUUUUGCGUUUCUACUCUACAGAGAGAUAUCCCAAAUUGAAGAACCCUGAAAAUGCUUUUGAGUUACGGUUGCUUUCUGUUGAUGAGGUGGGGGAAAUUAUCUCGACCAUAAAGUCGAAUGCUGUCGGUUUCGAUGGUACAAUCAAUCUAUCACCGUAA